CUUCCAUGUCCCCGACUAUAAGCAACAGUGGAGCAGGCAGAGGAGUGGCGCCGUGUGUCAGUAGUAUCCGAAGCGCGUUUCGACUGGGAUCUUAAUUCACCGUGGAGCAGCACAUGUCAUUCAGGACAAGUCAAUGAAGCAAACUCAAUCCGGUCUCAAGCUUUCACCCACACCCGAGAUGGAUCCUACCCAGAGUGUGAAGUGUAAAAUCGUGGUCGUAGGGGACAGUCAAUGUGGGAAAACCGCCUUACUUCACGUGUUUGCGAAAGACUGCUUCCCAGAGAACUAUGUCCCCACGGUCUUCGAGAACUACACAGCCAGUUUUGAAAUCGAUACACAGAGAAUAGAAUUAAGUCUUUGGGACACAUCAGGCUCACCGUACUAUGACAACGUACGACCACUCUCUUACCCCGACUCUGACGCGGUCCUCAUCUGCUUCGAUAUCAGCAGACCGGAAACGUUGGACAGUGUUUUAAAGAAGUGGAGAGGAGAAAUUCAGGAAUUCUGUCCCAACACCAAAAUCCUGCUGGUUGGAUGCAAGUCUGACCUUCGAACGGACCUCACCACACUGGUGGAGCUGUCUAACCACAGACAGACACCAGUGUCAUAUGAUCAGGGCUCCAACAUGGCCAAGCAGCUGAGUGCUCCCUACAUCGAGUGUUCCUCCCUGCAGUCGGAGAACAGCGUGCGGGACAUCUUCCACGUGGCCACGCUGGCCUGCGUCUCCAAGAACAACAAGAACGUGAAGCGCAGCAAGUCCUCCCGGGCCACCAAGAGGAUCUCCCACAUGCCCAGCAGGCCCGACCUUACGGCGGUGGCCACAGAUCUGCGCAAAGACAAGGCCAAGAGCUGUACUCUCAUGUGAAGGGACGGGUCGAUUUCCGCGACUUCCUUGGAACCGUGUGGACUUUUUGGACCGAGUAGGGGACGGCACAAGGCAUUUGAAGGGGGAGGGGGGGGGGGG